AUGGCCUGGGAAGAACCGAGAAAGACCGGCAUGGUCUACCGUCGACUGGGCAAUUCUGGCCUUCAUGUAUCGGCCAUUGCAUUGGGUGGCUGGCUCACCUACGGUGGCCAUGUCGAGGAUGAAAAGACCUUUGAAUGCAUGAAGCAGGCCUAUGACCUGGGCGUCAAUUUCUUCGAUACCGCUGAAAACUACACGGCCGGCAAGUCGGAGAUUGCCAUGGGAAAGGCCAUCCAAAAGUAUGGAUGGAAGAGAAGUGACCUUGUCAUUAGCACCAAGAUCAACUGGGGAGCAGUGAACGGUGAGAUCCUGGUAAACAACCACGGUCUCUCGCGGAAGCACAUUAUCGAGGGUCUUACAGCCUCCUUGGAGCGUCUCGACCUCAAGUAUGUCGAUAUCGUGUACGCGCACCGACCGGACCGCCUGACUCCCAUGGAGGAGACAGUCCGCGCUUUCAACUAUGUUAUUGAGAAGGGAAUGGCCUUCUACUGGGGCACUUCUGAGUGGAGCGCCGACGAGAUUGCCGAGGCCGUUGGCAUCGCCAAGGACCUCAAGAUGAUUGGCCCCAUUGUUGAGCAGCCCCUGUACAACAUUCUGGACCGCAAGAAGGUCGAGGGCGAGUUCCAGAGGCUCUACUCACGCAUGGGUCUGGGCUUGACCGUCUUCAGCCCAAUCAAGAUGGGCCUGCUCAGCGGCAAGUACAACGAUGCAGUCGACGCCCCGCCGUCGGACUCGCGCUUUGGCGUCAGCAAGGACGGUUUUGCCGACUUUAUGCGCUCGCAAUACGGCAACGAGCCCUGGCGCGACAACAUUGCCAAGGUCAAGAAGCUCAAGACCGUUGCCGACAAGCUCGGUGUCACUCAGAGCCAGCUUGCCUUGGCUUGGUGUCUCAAGAACCCCAAUGUAUCGUCCGUCAUUACCGGUGCCAGCCGGCCGCAGCAGAUUGUCGAGAACGUCAAGGCUCUGACUAUUUUGGAUAAGCUCACUCCUGAAAUUCUGGCAGAGAUUGAUGAGAUUACCGGCAACAAGGUUGAGCUGGACCCUGCCAGACAGAGCUAG